UCAGUCGGUAUUCAAGCGUCACUUCGUUUUAUUUCAUGGAGAUGUGAACGCAACUUCGAGCGUUUCAACAUGUGCCUUUGCCCAGAGGAAUUUGCUUUCCGUCGUCUCAAAUUGAGUCAUCCUUAUGCAAGUGCGUUUGCGACAUCGCCGUGGCUACCCCUUCCUUUGUUCCUCAUUUACCGCCUCAUCGCCGCCUUCUACUUUCUGUCAUGGUUGAUCUACAGUGGCUUUAGCGAUGGUAACUACUGGUUCAUUUUCCUUAGUAACUGGGUCCUUACCUUUGUAACCGCUUACUUUCUGCUUGCCAUGUUCAUUACUACCCACUAUUGCUGCGGAUCUGGAGUCGAAGAUGACCCGGCUGGCUACGGACCUCGCCGUUUCAAGUCGGAAACCUACAUCGUGGGAUUGUCUUCCGAAGAUGAAAACGAGACCGAAGACGAAGGGACAUCCUAUGCCACUAAAGAAGAUGAUGAAGACGGGCUGAGCUGGCCACAGAAGGUAUUGUGGGUACUUUUCGACAUAGGAAGUGUUACUUCGCUGGUAAUCACCAUUUUCUAUUGGUCAACGCUGUACCCUGUAAAAGGUGGAGCAAUCGAUGGUUUGAACAUAAACGAACAUAUUUUAGCUGCCGUUUUUAUGCUGAUAGAAGUCGUAUUUAGUAAUAUUCCCAUCCGUCUGCUGCAUUUUUUCUAUCCUCAUGCGUUUUCUUCGAUCUACGUGCUUUUCAGCGUGAUUUACUGGGGCGCUGGGGGAAAGAAUAAGGAAGGCCUGAAUUACAUAUACCAGAUCAUUGAUUACGAAAAAGAACCAGGUCGUGCCAUUUUUAUGGUGUUCUUCUUGUUAAUUGUAACGCAAACAAUGGUGCAUUUGUUCCUCUUCAUAUUGUUCAGAUUUAGGGCGUGGCUUAUAUCUAAACUCCAAUGAACCCAAGUAAAGUAUGGUUAUCAUUGAACGUUAAGAGGACUUGCAAAACGUAAAGAACGUUGUAAAGCUCAGUGAGACGCAAAGUCUGCCAUAUGUUAAGUUGCUAAAAAUACAACCACUUUUAAGAGAAGAACUGUCCAGAGAAUAAUCUCUCGAGAACUGUAUAAUAAACACAUAAGUGUCUCACCCGAGGAAAAUUGAUCAAGAAAAUGUUGGUCGCAUUAUUUUCCCUUGAAUGAAUUCACAAAUUCUGCCGAAAGUGGGACGAUAAAGUAUCUUGCUUACUAGCGGGUUCUCUAAGGUGAUAUUAAGUUGUUCUUAAUCCUUUAAAUCCUAAGAGUGAUUAGCAUCUAAUUUCUUCCUACAAUAUCUGACCCCUGAAUCACACAUUAAGGUCAUGAGAGUAAAGGAAAUGGUCACUAGGGAAAGAUCCUUCUGAUUGGCAAACAAAUUCUCUCUGUCAGCACCUUAGGAAAUGUAUAAAGAACAGUGUGGAGAAUAUGCAUUCUGAUGUUGGGGCGUAAAAGGUUAAGUCAAUGUGCUGCUCCCUUACAAGCACUGCAAUAGCUCCCCUGUAUCACGUGUCUUAAUCAAUUUUUGCCGAAAAAAAAUUAACCUUGCAUGCAAAAUCAGUAAGUGGAUUAAAAAAGAAAUACUCGUUAACUUGUUUUUUUAAACGUUGUCAAGCUUUUUUAUCGCUUUUUAGUUAAUUAAACAUGCAUUUCAUUCCGAGUAAGAAAUUUUCGUAAGCAUUUUUUCGCUGUAACACUUUAACUCCCAAGAUCUCAUUAGUAAUUCUCCUUACUGUCUGCCAUACAGUUAUUGUGAUGAUUGUUUGGAGAAUUUGGUAUUGGAUCAACUUAUAAUCCCCU